AUGUCAAAGGAUAUCGUCUGUGCUCGUGCUGAGGCCGCAGGACCCAUGCCCUUAGCGUUGUCAUCUUACCAGACCACUUGCAAGGCCCUCAUCGGGAGGAUGCAGGCGAAACUCAACACCGAGAACAUAUAUCUGCUCACUUACAUCAGUAAAGCAAUUCACCAAUUGGAGCUCUGCGAAAGUAAGUCCAAACUCUUCAAGUACAGUACCAAGAACUUUAGUAAGAACAUCGUCUUCGCACUUCAGGACAAUUCAGACCGAAUGCUGGACGCUGUUCGACGCUUGGAGUCUUUUGUUCGACCCGUUGAGCAUGACUGGGUGACGGUCCCACUGAAUGUCAAGACUCAGUGCAACUUCGUCUGUGAUGCGCUCUUCUUGGUCGCAUCGCAUAUGUGUUUGCUCGACGAGGUUGCAACGCUCUCGCGUACAUCAAGAUCCAAAUAUCAGACUCUAUAUCUCAAUAGUAUUCGAAACCAUGUGGUCAAGAUGAGAGCAACGAUGAACCGGACCUAUAUCCUAAAAGAAGACUCCAAGAAGUCACCGCCGCCCAUGCAAAUGAUGGAAAAAUCGGAGACGAAGCCCAAGAAGAGUCUCGAGCAUGUCUCAAUCCCCAUCAUCGACGCAAUGAGUGCAGAGAUCACAGAUCGAGAUAUCGCAACUCUUGUUUUCAAAUGGACGACUCUUGACAAGUUCAAUGAAUUUAGCCGAGUGAGCAGUCAGCAAGAGCCCGUGGAGUCAAAAAGUCCGCAAAUAUAUGUUGAGGAAAAGAGCGAUAACAAGGACAAGAUCAAACACAGGGUCAAGAGUAGACGCGGGAAGCUAUGGGCUCUUGCGUAUCUAUCUUUCAUGUGA